AUGCUGCGCUGGGCCGGCGGUGUCACUUUACAAGACCGCAUCCGCAACACUUACGUACGUGGUAGUUUUAAAGUAAGGCCGUUGCCCGAAAAGAUAACCGAAAGCCGACUACGAUGGUUCGGGCACGUCAUGCGCCGAAAACCCGAGCACAUGACACGCAAGGUGCUGGAUAUGUUCCCUACAACAUCACGACGAGGAAGACCCCGACUGACAUGGCUGGCUACGGUGAAGAGGGAUAUGGUAGAAUACCAGAUCCCACCUGAGACGACCCAGGACCGCGAAGCCUGGCGAAACAUAACUAGGAGAGCCGACCCCAAAUAA